UGUGCGUCGUAGGAAUGGUACAAUAAUCUGGAAAGAAGUGAUAUAGCAACAAAUCGUUCGGCGUAUACCUAAAGAGAAAAAGAAGAAGAAAUGAAGUAAGGAAGUAGAAAGAGAAAGAGAGAGAGAGAGACGAAAGGCUCGUGAAUCAUCCACAUCACGAUCGCUGCCAAUGGGAUCUCGGAUCUCCCGGGCGAUGCUAUUGGAGGAUUUGCAUCUUCCGUCUGUACCGAAUGCCAGAGGAACUUGGUUCGUGCUGCUGCUGCUGCUGCUGCUGCUGCUAGUAGUGCUGGUGCAACGAGGACGAUGGGAAAUCCGGUUGGGCAUAUAUUCGCGGAUGCGCGAAUACGACGAGCUCUCGUGGAGGGAAAAGAGAUGGAACGAAAGGAGAAGGAGGAAGAGGGAGGAAAGAUAGAGCUAGAAUGCGUAUGUGUGUGAGAGAGAGGAGAGAGAGAGAGAGAGAAACGGAGCAUGGUCGAUGUGUCUAGCCUAGCCCGGUUGGCUGGCUGGCUGGCUGGCUGGCUGGCUGGCUCGGCUGGCUGGAUGAACCAGGGACCGUCUAGCUUGCGCUGCCCCGCACAAACUCGGCAUUAUCUAUACGUCUAGACACCCCUGCGCCACACCAGAGAAAGGAGAGAGAGAGAGAGGGAGAGAGAGGGAGAGAGAGAGAGACUGAAGGCGGCUUGGCGUACUGCUUGUAAUUUACAGCAAGCCCCACCGUGUCUUUCUACGCUCGCUCUAACCUACCAACUUCCUCUCCUUCUCUUCUUCUCCAUCUUGGCCCAUCUCGUUACACUCUCUCCUAUCUAGCUAGUCUUCCUGUGUAAACUCACCCCACGAGAUACAGUUAUACAACUUUGUUGUUACCGCGCUAAGGUCCGACCACCGAUCGUAGUCAGUUUGGAUUGAUUCAGAUUCUAAUAAAUAAAUCUUUUACACGAUGCUCUUGAUGAGAACUUUUAGUUCUCGUUUCUUUAAAUUAAAUUAGAGCUCGGUUCCAUUCGAUCGCUUUAGAAAAUAAUUGAAUUCCUGGAAAAUUUUACUCUGGGAUGGUGUUUGUUAACGGGAUCGUAACUUCUAGCUCUUGGGGACCACGAAAAGAGCACGCACUUUCUCAGACGGUAUCGUUACGAGAUUAAACCGACCGAAUCGCCUUAGACUCGACCUUCAAAGAAACUCUCUUGUCCAUCUCCAAGUACCCAGAGUAAGAGAAGGAGAGAACACAAAGUUUCUCUGGUCGGGACUCGAGAGAGGCAAGAAUUAAGAAAGGAAGGUAGGAAGGAAGAACACGAGUCAGGUGCGUACGACGUCGAACUUGGUGAGUUUCGAGAACGCAAUUUUCCCAGAGGAAUCGGUCGUCGCUAAUGCCAUGGCGACCAUAAAGUCGAACAGAGAAGAGAACGAGAGAACGAGAGAGAGAGAGAGAGAGAAAGUUAUACUUACUAGGAAGAGGAGAGUUAAAGGAGGAAGCUCGGAGGUUGUAGCCGUCGUCGAAGUUCGAGGGGUUCAACGAGCUGACGCUUUAAGCAAUGUAACUUACAGAAACUACGCUUCCGAGCGGUCUCGGGCGCAGAUUAGUCGUAAUCUCGGCGCAUUGCACUCUGCAGAUCCAGUCCUCCUCCUCCUCCUCUCUCUUCCUCUCACCAUUUAUGUUCGUCGUGAGAAAGAGAGACAGGGGGAGAGAGAGAGAGAGAGAGAGAGAGAGAGAACUCUAUCGACGUCUCCUUCUCCUCCUUGCGACCUUCCUCGAGCUUCCUUCGUGUGUUACACCACGAAGUCGCACCGAUAUAACACCGAGUCUCGUAACUUCCAACACAUACACGUAGCCAGCUUAGUCGGUGCUUAUAUCGCCGCUUUGAUUAUUUCCUAGAGGCUUAAGCCAAGUCUACGCCCUCGCUCGCCUCGCUGCUAUCAACGGGUUACAACCGCGGCGAAGAUUAAACGCUUUCUCGAUUUACGAGUCCGCGGUAUCCCUUAGCCUUCGGCUUUUCUUAAGGAACAUGGCUUGAUUUAUCUAUAUUUAGCUCUCGCUAUUGGUCGAUGUUCGAUGUAAGCAACUGAUGUCUUCGUGCUUCCCAGAGAGAAUGAAAAAUAUUUUCUUUGUGGAAGGAAAAUAUAGAAAUUUCUUCUUUUUCUUUUUCAUCGACCUAAUGUAAGAAAUUAAGAACAGGAUUUAAAUCUCGUGACAGAUUUUACGAUGGUAACGCCUAACGUGGUAACUGUAUUGAACAAACAAGAUGGAUAGAACAUGUUCGUUAGUGAUGAACGAGAAUCGCGUAUUACGUUAAUUGAUUAAGGCGACGUUGUAAAGAAUAAAAAAGAAUGGAGAAAAAUCAAGACCACAAGGAAAGCAAGAAAGUCGAUAGAACGCUUCACAUAAAGCGUUAUGAUAAUAUCAAAAAUCCAGUGAUUUUCGACAGAAUUAGUAAAGAGGUGAUAAAAGCCGAACGAGAGGCAGAACGGAAAUGGUUGGCGAGAUACGAAUGUUUGUCCAGAGAAUAUUUUCAAAAGGUGCUGGCCGAAGAAUGCAGAAAAGCAGCACUUCCGGCGGAUACUUUCAAGCGAAAACCGCCGGAAGACCCGACUAAAUGUUCACCAAUUCCCUUGAAACCUUCACCGGCCGUUCCCAGAACGGCGUCCGCAAUGGUCGGCUGGAGAUCUUCUCGCGUGGAAUACAAUCUAGAGUUCACCGGCCGUAUGUAUAUUUCACCAAAAUGGACCGCUCGUUCAUCCACGGAUAUAGAAAAUUAUCUGGCUCAACAGAGAUUUAUUUUUCUCGGUUGAAUGUGGGCGUUUACACACGCG